ACUUCCAUCGAAUCCAAUCCAAUCCAAUCGUGUCAUCUACAAUUUAUAGCCAAAGGGAAACCACCAAAAAGCCAUAAGGACUAAGACCCAUAACGCAUCCCACCAACAUUACAUUGGGUGUGCAUCAUGAAUCUUCCUUCCACCUCCCUUUUAUAUUUUUCCUUAGGUUAAAUCCAACCCUAGCUCCCAUUAUCUUCCCACCAUCUUUCUUUUGUAUCUUUUUCGAUAGAUGUACUGUGAAAUGACCCAUUGAGCCCUUAUAUCCUCCCCACCUAGGAACACCCAUUGAAUCCUCUCUUUCUCUCUCUUUUUCUCUCUCUUUCUCAUGGAGAAGAGUAGAUCAUUUCCGGAGUAUUCAUCUUCUCUAUCAGGUGGGGUUUUUGGUAGCGAAGAUCGAUCGAAUUCGUACAGUUUCAACGGCCCGAGCAAUAAAGGGUUUGCAACCUCAAGUGAUCCAGAACUCAAGAGGAAGAAGAGAGUAGCAUCAUACAAGGUGUUCGCAGCGGAAGGCAAGUUCAAGUCCUCCUUGAGAAGCAGCUUCAAAUGGAUCAAAUCCAAGUACACCGAAAUCCGUUACGAAUUCAACACUCGGAAUCUUAAAGACAUCCCCAGCUUCAUUGCAAACAUCUCCAAGAGAACUUUGAAUGAGGUAGCUCUCACCCAUAGUGAAGCACACAUCAAGAUUUAGAGUAUUUUGUUGUUCGAUCAGGAGUUGGCAAGCCAUUUCCAUGGGGUACAUGAUCAGUACGUUAAGUGGAGUUUAGAUUCCGAACUGCAAGCUAAUAAAACAUGAAUGCCUUUUCUUUCUAUUAUUCUUAGUCAUGAAUGGAUGUACUCCCGGUGAAAACCAUUAGGAUGUCAAGUGUAUCAUGAUUAGAUAUCGGGAGCGAUCCGAACUGGUCCUACAAGAUUCAGGAAGAUCCAAUCGCCACCAUUCGAUCAUCAACCAUCAACGGUGAUGGCUUCAGUCAGCUCUAUGCCCAUCAAGGGGAGCAAUGGUUCGUCCUACAUAAAAUUUGGGGGAUCGGGUUUUUGUCAUGUAACAAUAAGCUUCAAUGCU